AUGAGAACGAUUUUCAAAUCUCAUGGAAUCUGGGAUUUAGUUGAAAAGGGGUUUCAAAUUCCAGAUUCAAAGGGGAAGAAGGUGGAUGAUGCUGGGUCAUCGGAUUCUGAGAAGGAAGCUCUAUUAAUGAAGGAUGCUAAGGCACUUGGGAUUAUCCAAGGGGCUGUCUCAGAAGACAUUUUCCCUUGGAUUUCGAAUGAAGAAACCUCAAAGGGUGCAUGGGAUAUUUUACAUCAGGAAUUUCAUGGUGAUAAGCAGGUCAGAUCCAUCAAAUUGCAGGGUUUGCGUCGUGAUUUUGAGUACACAAGGAUGAGGGAUGAUGAGACCUUGUCUGGAUACCUCACUCCCCUACUUGAGCUUGUGAAUCAGAUGAAGGGAUAUGGGGAAGACCUAUCCAAAGGAAGGUUACUUCAAAAACUACUUAUAAGCCUGACUAAGGAGUUUGAUCCUGUCUGUUAUGUAAUUGAACAAACUAAGGAUAUUGAAACGAUUGAGGUGCAAGAGGUGAUUGCUGCAUUGAGGGGUUUUGCUCAGCGCCUUGAUAGACAUGCUGAGAGCACCACUGAGAAAGCUUUCAGCAGCAUGAGCAUAAAUAAAAAAGGAUCUCAGUCAAAUUCUGGUUUUGGUAAUAAUAAAUCAAAGAAGAGCUGGAAAUCGAAGGGUAAGAAAUGGGAUUCAAAACCCCAAAAUAGUGGCAACCAAGGAGGAAAUCAUGAACAAGGGGAAAAAUCAGAUCAAGCAAAAGGGAAAUGCAAGCAUUGUGAUAAGCUUCACUAUGGAGAAUGCUGGUUUAAAGGAAAGCCAAAGUGCUAUGGGUGCAAUCGUUUUGGGCAUCUCAUUAAAGACUGUGAACAAUCAAAUAAGACUGAGAGACUUGCAAACUUGGCUAGUAAGGUAACAGAACCUGCUACUAUGUUUUAUGCUUGUCAUUCAGCUACUAUUGGAAGAAAUAUGAAUGUUUGGUAUGUGGACAGUGCUUGUAGUAAUCAUAUGACUGCUCAUGAGUCCUUACUUAUUGAUAUAGAUAGAAAUGUGAACUGUAAAGUUAAGAUGGGUACUGGUGAUUUAGUACAAUCAAUAGGCAAAGGUACUUUGGCUAUAUAUGUGCGAGGUGUUACUAGAUACAUUAGAGAAGUUAUGAUUGUACCUGGUUUGGAUGAGAAUUUGUUGAGCGUAGGACAGAUGAUAGAACAUGGGCAUUGGUUGGUGUUUGGUGAUAAUGAGGUUGACAUAUAUGAAGAUAAGCAGUUGAAAGAGCUGAUUGCAAGAGUUCAAAUGAAAGGGAACAAAUGUUUUCCCUUAGAUCUCAAAUAUGUCAAUCCUCCUAUGGCAAAUAGAGCAACAUUUGGAGAACCAUCUUGGCUAUGGCACAGAAGAUUUGGACAUCUAAACUACAUUAGCUUGAGGCUCUUACAAGAGAAAGACAUGGUUCAGGGUCUACUUAAGCUACAAGAACCUGAGAAGAUUUGCUCGGGUUGUGCUAUAGGCAAGAGGCACAGAAGUUCAUUUGAUAAGGAAAAAGCUUGGAGAGCCUCACAACCACUAGAACUAAUUCACUCAGAUAUCUGUGGUCCAAUGCAGACUAUCACUUUUGGAGGGAAUAUAUACUUUCUCACCUUCAUUGAUGAUCACACUAGAAUGUGUUGGGUGUUUUUCUUACAGCAUAAGUCUCAAGAAUUCAACAUAUUCAAAAGGUUCAAAAACAUGGUUGAGCUGCAAAGUGGUUAUCAAAUUAAGACGCUAAGAAGUGAUAGAGGUGGAGAAUAUACAUCAUUGGAAUUUUCUAAGUUUUGUGAAGAGAUGGGAUUAGAAAGGCAACUGACUAUAAACUACUCUCCGCAACAGAAUGGAGUUGCAGAGAGAAAGAAUCGUACUGUGAUGGAAAUGGCAAGAACAAUGAUGCAUGAGAAGAAAAUUCCUUUGAAAUUUUGGGCAGAAGCUGUCAAUACAGCUGUAUACCUGCAAAAUAGAAGUCCAACAAGUGCUCUGGAUAAUACAACUCCAUUCGGGAAGUUUAGUGGGAGAAAACCAGGUGUCAAACACUUGAGAAUAUUUGGUUCACUGUGCUAUAUCCAUAUUCUUUCUCAGAAAAGACACAAGCUAGAGGAAACUGGAAUGAAGGGAGUAUUUCUUGGAUAUGGGAUUUGUGAGAAAGGGUAUAGAGUCUUUAACCUAGAAACUAAAAAGAUUGAACUCUCAAGGAGCAUUAUCUUUGAUGAGAAAGCAAUGUGGAAUUGGGAAUUGAAUGAAGAAGAACAAGUGACUAUUCCAUGGCAUGAAGAAGAAAGUUCAAGAAUAUCAGAAAUUGAUUCAUAUUCUAAUGAAUCGCUUCAGUCAGUUCAAUCUCCUCAGAGAUCACAAGUGGUUAAAGAUCUGCAAACCACUCUGGAGUCAGCUACACAUGAUUCAUCAGUUUCAAUCUCUGAAACUUUUGAUCAUACUCCACAAAAAUGGAAGAACUUAAGUGAGGUCUAUGCUCAAUGUAAACUAAACAUUAUUGAACUAGAAAGUUACAAUGAAGCAGCCAAAGAUGAAGCUUGGAACAAGGCUAUGACUGAAGAGAUAUCAAUGAUAGAGAAGAAUUCCACUUGGGAAUUGGUUGACAGACCAGGCAGCAAACCAAUUGUGGGAGUGAAGUGGAUAUAUAAAACAAAACUAAACCUCGAUGGCUCCAUUCAAAAACACAAGGCAAGACUUGUAACCAAGGGUUACACACAGAAAUCAGGGAUUGAUUUCAAUGAAACCUUUGCUCUAGUAGCAAGAAGUCCAAGUGAAGAAACUCUCUAUGUGAGAACCAAGGAAGGUGUGGGAACAUUAAUCGUAUUAAUCUAUGUAGAUGACAUAGUAUAUGCUGGAAGCAGUGAUGAAAUGGUGAAAGAAUUCAAGGCUGAGAUGAUGUGCAAGUAUGAAAUGUCUGACUUGGGUUUACUCCAUCAUUUUCUUGGUAUGGGAGUAACACAAACUGAAGGGAGCAUUUUCAUCCAUCAAAAGAAGUAUGCACUCACUCUCCUAGAUAAGUUUGGACUCAAGGAUUGCAAAUCAGUGAGCACUUCAUUAGUUGCCACUGAUAAAUUGCAAAGAGAGGAUGGAAGUGAAGCAGCAGAUGAAAGCUUGUACAGAAAAAUUGUAGGAAGCUUGCUAUAUCUAACUGCAACUAGACCUGAUAUCAUGUUUUCAACUAGCCUGCUUGCAAGAUUCAUGCACAAUCCUUCUAAGAUGCACUAUAGGGCAGCCAAAAGAGUUCUAAGGUACAUACAAGGCACAAUUGAUUAUGGAAUUGAGUAUGUGACUGGAAAGUCUGCACUUUUAGUAGGAUAUUGUGACAGUGACUGGAGUGGAUCUGAGGAAGAUAUGAAAAGCACUUCCGGAUAUGCAUUUUCAUUUGGAAGUGGUGCAUUUUCGUGGGCAUCAGUCAAACAACAUAGUGUGGCCCUUUCAACAGCAGAAGCAGAGUAUGUGAGUGCAGCAGAAGCUACAUCACAAGCCAUUUGGCUCAGGUUUGUUCUUGAAGAUUUUGGGGAAGAACAGACUGCUGCAACAAUUGUGUUGUGUGACAACAUUUCAGCAAUAGCAAUGGCUAAAAAUCCAGUAUUUCAUCAAAGGAGCAAGCACAUUAAGAGGAAGUUUCAUUUUAUUAGAGAAGCAAUCUAA